AAAAAAAAAGUUCAGGGGAUUUCCAUAACAACCGCUGUCUUAAGAACUAAAGAAGCCUCAGCAUUUGUUAUUCCUUCCUCAUAGUAGACCUCAGCUGAUAAAAAUAUCCGUAGCCGGUGAAAUCAGUGGCAUGCCUGGCUUUCUCAGACAAAACUCCCAUGUGAUCACACAGGCAGCCUCAGUGAGCCCGAAGCUGCUCAGCAAGCAGUAGGUAAUGAGUCUUUGUGCAGAGCGAAGCUCUUGUGGCUGAACAAUAAAGCAUAUGGUACCAGCAAUAAAACACAGUGCUGAGAAAUUUAAGAAGAUUCUGCUGGAAGUGGGAAGACAGUGAAUAUGUCAAACGUUAUAAAAUGACGAUCAAUCUGGUUUGGGUCCUAAUUAAUAAAAACAGUGCAUGGAUUGGAAAAACAACAAUUUGAACAGGUACAUGUGACAGCAUUGCAGCAAUGAGUGGAAUUUUAAAGAGGAAGUUUGAAGAAGUUGAUGGCUCCUCACCUUGUUCCUCUGUGAGGGAAUCAGAUGAUGACAUUUCCAGCAGUGAAAGUGCUGACAGUGGUGAUAGUGUCAAUCCAUCCACUUCUAAUCAUUUUACCCCUUCUUCAAUCCUGAAGAGAGAGAAGCGGAAGAGAACAAAGAAUGUCCAUUUUAACUGUGUUACUGUGUAUUACUUCACGAGAAGGCAAGGCUUCACCAGUGUUCCCAGCCAAGGAGGAAGCACACUGGGAAUGUCCACACGCCACAACAGUGUGCGCCAGUAUACCCUGGGCGAGUUUGCCAUGGAACAGGAGAGGCUCCACCGAGAGAUGUUGAGAGAGCAUCUAAGGGAGGAAAAACUCAAUUCUCUAAAGUUAAAGAUGACAAAGAACGGUACGGUGGAAUCUGAGGAAGCCAACACCCUGACUCUGGAUGACAUUUCUGAUGAUGAUAUUGAUCUAGACAACACUGAAGUAGAUGAGUACUUCUUUCUCCAACCCCUGCCUACAAAAAAGCGGCGGGCAUUGCUGCGAGCUUCUGGCGUGAAGAAGAUCGACGUGGAGGAAAAGCACGAGCUGCGAGCCAUCCGCCUCUCCAGGGAGGAUUGUGGCUGUGACUGCCGGGUGUUCUGUGACCCAGAAACUUGCACCUGCAGUCUUGCAGGCAUAAAAUGUCAGGUGGAUCGUAUGUCUUUUCCAUGUGGUUGCACUAAAGAAGGGUGUAGCAAUACAGCAGGUAGAAUCGAAUUUAACCCUAUCCGUGUACGGACUCACUUUUUGCACACAAUAAUGAAACUUGAAUUGGAGAAAAAUAGAGAGCAGCAAGUUCCAGCACUCAAUGGCUGUCACACUGAGAUAAGUGCACACAGUAGUUCCAUGAGUCCAGGACCCCAUCCAGUUGAAUAUUCGAUUGCAGAAAAUUUUGAGAUUGAAACCGAACCCCCGGCUACAGUUAUGCAUUCUCAGUCAGCUGAGGACUUGGACUGCCCAGGGGAAGAGGAGGAAGAGGAAGAUGGGAGUAGCUUUUGUAGUGGAGUUACAGAUUCUAGUACCCAGAGUUUAGCCCCUAGUGAAUCAGAUGAUGAUGAAGAGGAAGAGGAAGAUGAGGAGGAAGAUGAGGAGGAAGAAAAAGCAGAUGAUUUUGUAGAAAGUAUGAGCUCCCAUGCUGAUAUGGUGCCUCUUCCUUCUGUCCUUUGCUACUCUGAUGGAACUGCUGUGCAUGAAAACCACUCUAAAAAUGCCUCAUACUAUACUAACUCUUCAACUCUGUAUUACCAAAUAGAGAACCACGUUGCUGGCACUGCUAACCAGAUCGGUGAGACUUACUCAGAAAGGGAUGCUGUCAAGAAUGGUAGUCUUUCUCUGGUGCCUUACAACAUGACUUCAGAACAGUUUGUUGACUACACACGGCCAUCAGAGGAAACUUUUAGCAGCCCUCAUUACCCUUCUGCAAACCCCUCAGUGAUUGUUUGCUGCUCAUCCUCUGAAGGGGAUGCCAGUGCUCCCUGUAACAGUUUGUACACUGAGCAUAGGCCGAGUCACCCACCAGUGGAAUUUCACUCAUACUUGAAAGGUCCUUCUCAAGAUGGCUUUGUUUCAGCUUUGAAUGGUGACAGUCAUGUGCAGGAGCACCCUGCUGAGAAUUCUCUAAACCUCCCAGAAAAGAGCAGACUGCACGAAGAGUGCAUCAAAUCACCAGUGGUAGAGACGGUGCCUGUUUAAAAUUAAAUUAUUCUAGGACAGACUUCCUGUGUUAAAAUUCACUCCCAUUGGAUUUUCCUAGAAACUUUUUUAAGAGGUAGACAAUACUUGGACUAGUCAAUGUUCCAGAUACAUUUUGUUUUCUCAAGCUACACUGGCAGUGGUAUUGCACAAAACCAGUUCAUGUAAAGAUUUAAAUAAAAAUAAUCAAACCAUUUUUUUAAUAAAAAUAAAACAGAUAAGUAAAAAAUGCACCCAACAUAUUUCAAAGUAGCCUGCCUAUGAACGUAUGUGAAACCUGCCAAGCUAUCUGAAUCAAAAUUUCCAUGUUUUUGACUGUCGGGCCUGUGCAAGAUUGUUAGAAAUGAUACUUUGAAAUAAUCAUGUUUAGAGUCCUAAUUUUCAACAUAUCUGAUGGUAAGUUUAAUGUAAAAAUAACUACUGUAUGAAAAAAAAGUUCUAAUUGUUCUGUACUGUUUGUAUUUUAUUUAUGGUAGUUUAAUAUUCAUGUUUUGAUAAAAGUGAACAGCACGUUCAUUUGAGCAGAAGAUCCAUAGUUACUUAUGAAGAGCAUGUCCACUUUUCAUCUGGAGUACCUUGUAUUCUUCUUUAUUUUUUCCUAAUACUAUUUCUGAUAAAUCAUCUUGAAACACAUUUUUAGAGUGUACUAUUUUUCUCUUUUACUGUUCUUGAAAAACAGAAGAGUCAGAAAGGGGGUAUUCACAUCUUCUAAAAGGUAGACAAUCCUCCAUUUAAAACUAAAAUCAGUGGCAUUCCAGAACUAGUACCCCCUCCCCAAAGAAGAAUGAUCUUGUAUAUAAAGGCAAAGCAGUAGCUUAAGCUCACCCAGCACCUUCAGCCCAGCCACCGUUCAGAUCCUUACGCACUUUAGUGCCACUUUGCAGUACUGUGGGAACUGCGGGAACUGUGAACCUCUUCGAAGAAAUGCCAUAGCUCCAGACCCUGAGGCAAUGUAAGAUCUUAAAAUUCACUGUAAAAAAACCUGUACAUUUCUCCCAAGCCAGUUUAUGAAUUUGUCAGUAUGCAAUUUAUAAAAGAAGAGCCUUACUGAUCAAAGUUUAAAUAAAGCAUGGAAAAGAAAAAGUCAAAGUGUCUAGAUUGCCUAAAUUUUUAUGACAUACAAGACUGGCUUUUGUGGACUUCUGAUUGUAUCUGAAAUUUAGUACCAUUUGAUCUUAUUAGGAAACACUCCAUUCAGUGAGGAAAAAUAGCAUCAGAAAUUUUGUAUCUACAAAAGUCUGCAAACAAAAGAACACGUGCAUCAUAUGGAUAUCCAUUACAUUGUAAUCCACUUGUUUUUAAAUAGGAAUGAAACUAAUUUAUUAAACAACCUUGCUUUUGUCUAGAAAAGGAGGCAUAGGAAUCAGCUUUUCUCUGCACUGGUAAUUCUGCACUGCCUUAUUUUGAUUUCAAAAUCUAUUUCAGCAUUUUUGUUCUUCUAAUACUGAGAUUUCAUUUAUACAAGUAGUUGAAAUGUAGGUCUGUCUUGUUUGUCAAAAUAUGGAUCAGCAUCUUAGUUUUUAUCUGUGUCAAAUCUAGUUGGUUAACAGUGUGCAUGUAAACACAGUGUAAAUUUUAUCUCUGUAACAGUGAUUCUUCUGGUUAGAAGCUCUUUAAAUCAUGUACAGUACUCCAGUAGAAAAACUGCCGAUGUAAAAUACGCUUUUCAAAAAAAAAAAGAGCUAACUUAAUUGUUUUUAUAUGAAAUCUGGGCAAAGUGAUUUCUCGUAUUUAUGCUAAAUUAGCAAAAUAUUUUUACUCCAUGUAGUAGCUGGAAAGGUUUUUUAUUUAUUUGUUUCCACAAGAAGUCCUACAUGUUUUAUAUGAACUGCAUUGUAAAGUCUAGUUCUCUAGGGACUGGAUUCCAAACUUGCAAAGUAUUCCAUCUCCUGGGAAAGCACACUCAUGUUGGUUACCUGGCUCAGCAAUUCCACAGCCUCUGUUCCUCACAGUCACAGACCACUCUAGUCUCUCUCUCUAAGGCUGAGUAGCCAGGUAAGUGCCUGUGUUCUCCAAUGCCAUACAGCAAAUACCCGUGAUUUUUAAAGAGAAAAGUGCUAGUCCUUAAAGUUCUGCACUUAAGAAUAAAUUAUUCUGUUCAAGAUAUUCUAAGGGCAAAUAUAUCAAGUCUUUGUGUAUAUAGGGGUCUUUCUUUAACAGUGGGCUUCACUUAGGCACUCCCUUAACACCAGCACCAAAAGCACAAAUCUCUUCUGCUUGAGCUGGACAGUAGAUGAGGAUGAGUAGCAGCUCUUUAACUUCAGACUGUGUUGGAGAGCCACACACUUUACUGGGGUAUUUCUCUCAGGGGAAAGUUAAAUUAAAUCUUUUGCUUUGUUACUCAUGCCCUUACUAAGCAAUAAGAAAUUAUUUUCUUGGCCCCUGUGCUUUCCACAUUAAAAAUAUCUUUAAUAAUAUCAGCAAGCACAGUAAGUUAUUAACUUUACAAAAUACUUCUCAGCUAGCUUUAAAUAUUGAGGUGAUGGUUAUUUAGUAUUACCAUUGGCACAGAUUUCUGAUUCAGUCCUUUGUAAUACUAGCAUCUGUAAAAACUUUGGAGUAUUUGGAUGUGUAUGUUCCAUGCCAUUGGUGCAUCAGGGGUCAAUACAGCCAAAUUCUCUAAAGCCUACAGCGUAGGAUAACAAGCAGUACCUUGUAGGAGAGAAGUAGAGGGAGUGGGAACUAUGUAAAGCAUUUGUGAUACACUCUUUCCCCAUGUUUGCUCAUUUCUGGGAGUCACAAAGUAAAAUGUGCAGAAUGAAGAUUUAAGUUGAAAAAAUAUUCCAAAUUGACUGGGUGGUGAUAAUUUGACUAAUAAUACUUUUCUUUUGGUGCAAUAUAUUUUGUGAUCACUAUUUAGUCUCAAGAUACAAAGUAAAGAAAUCUACUUUAGUUCUUACAGUAAGUUAUAAAGUCAAGUCUCUUUAUAAUUCAUAGAGUUCCUGGUAGCUACUAUUAAUAAUACCACCAUGCUUUCUAAAAUAGAUAAACUCAUACUGAGGAAGAAACAUGUAGCCACUCUUUUUUUCAAGAGGUUAAACCUGCUGCCAAGCCAAAUCCAUGCCAGCAAAUAACAAAGCUGAAGCCUUUUCUAGCAUGUAUAAGUUGACUAGAGUGAUAAAAAAAAUAGUUGAAACCCUGACCAAAACAGGUAGGUCAAUUUAGCUGAAAUCUAGAGUAGGAUGUAGAAAUCAGUUGAGAAUCACUUGUUUCCCAUCACUUGAUUAAACUUUGAUUUAUUUUUUAGAACAAAAAGCCAUACCCUUCAUUUAAGGAAAAGCAGGCUUAAGUCAUGGGAUGGAAAAUAUUUUAGUGUUAUUUUCUGGGCUAGUGUAUAAUAAUACAUGCUGUGUCCCAUUUCCCAGCUGGUUAAUAUUCAUGUUGAUAACCAGUCCUUUCAUUUUGGGUAGGCUGUUUCUUUGUGAUAAAAGUAUUAUGUUACUAAAUGAUAAGCAGCAGUAUUUGCUUCUGAAUCAACACAGCGUAUUAUUUAUGAAAAUAUCUACAUUACUGACAGUCUUUAUCAGCUUUAUUUUCAAGAUAUCUGGCUACUGAUAAACACUGCUGAGAAACCUGGUACAUAUUUGUGAUUAUAUUGCAUCGUUCACAAAAAUGAGUCAAACAAAAGUAUUUCUCGAAACAAACUGGAAUUUUCACACAGACCAUUAUUGGAACAGCAUGUAAAAGCAGAUGCUCUUUUGCCUAUAAGGUGAACUUCACCUCUCUUGGAAAAAGGUGCACUGUUAAAUAUAUAUAAAGCUUUAAUUGAUGUUAGACAUGGAAUUAGAAUUUUGUUGGCACAAUUACAGCAAUUGCAAUUGUUGCUUAAGAGCUGUUACUCAUGUCCAUUCAAACAUCCUUAAAAUUAAAAGCUGGUCAGUAGAAGCUUCUCGUAUUCUUUGUUGAGCUGUAUGCCACUUAGAUCAGAAAAGUCUAGAUUUGUAAAGCUUUGCAAUUUUUCAUUUACAUAAGUUCCUGCUACUGAAUCAUAAUUGGAGUUGACUUUUUUAUUCUAAUGCCAUUGGUUCCACUCCAUAGUAACUAUGACUUGCUAUAGAUAAGGUUCAGCUGCUCCCCUGCUCUGUUAACAGUGGGAUCCUGCCUUUGGUCCAGGUGCUGCAGGACUCCAGUGUGGAUUAGUGGUGCUGUUACUCACUAGACUGCUGACUGAUCCCAGGCCAGAUCCAGUUUCUAACCUGAUCUGGCUGUUUCAUUUCAGUAAAUCUGCUAAUAAACUGAUCACGUUGCCUUGACAAACACAGCUGCUUUGUUAAAGAUCAUAUACAUAUAUUUGUAUGCAAAACUGAUAUAAAGGGUUUUAUUAGUUCCUAACAGGAAUGUAAUACACUGGAUAGAGAUCCUGGGCUCAGACAGAGGAGAAUUUGCCUUUGUCAUGUUGUGUCAUCGUGUUCUCUGUGCUCUGGUUUGUAAUGUACUUGGAGAUACCGUGAUAAAACAUAGUUCUAUAGAACAGGUAAAAUACCAUUUUAUUCUUGUGUUUUGGCAUCAUAACUAAAUUUUUGUACUGCCAUUUUCCACAUUAAGCCCAGCCCAGCUCAGAAGUAAGCAGAAAUUUUUCACUAAUGUGAAACACAGCUGAAAUGAGCUCUCCUUUCCGUAGACUGGAUUAACAAGCAGAAGUUAAAAAGUAAAUUUCACAGUGAAAAAUUACACUAAAAGCUGUGUUGACUAUACAUUUACCUGUCUAGUGCUUAACAUUUGAGCAGCAAGAUUGUAGUUUUCCUGCAACACCAUACUUGGCAGCAACAAGCAGUCUUACUCCUCUGCAUGUUGUCUUCUUUUGCCAGCUGAAUCCUCUCAGUUGAAACUCCUUGUCUAGGCUGCUCCUAUAGUAAUGCAGGUGUCCUUACUCAAACAUAAAGCAAGACAGACCCAUGAUAUCCUUUUAAAUGGCAUUUGUUAAAUAAGGGUCUCCACUGUUACAGCUCAUGAGUUUUAUAAACUGAUGUUCAUUGUGCCAGUUGUUUGAUUUCCUGAAACAGUUGGGAACAGAAGAGGAUGACACAGAAAGCCCAAAAGCAUUUUGGGGUGUUACGCUUUCCCGCUGAGACUAAAGAGUAAUUCUGUCAUUUGCUUUAUUACGGUUGCAGGACAGUUGAUGUAAAAUACUUUGAAAAUCUAGAAUUAACUCAGAGAAUAUAUUCUAUAGAAUUUAUUUCUAAAAUACUAAAUGUGAUUACUAUUUUUUUAAAAUGGUAGAAAACUGUUAUUUUCAAAACAGAGUCUAGUACAUGUUCCUUGGUAUGAGAAAUCUCAGUGUUUGCCUUUUCAGUAUUUCAAAGUUUUUUUAAUAUUCUUAAUUUUGUUAUUCUGUGUAAUCAUUGUCAAUGUGCAAAUUAAUGUCCAUUUUCUCCAAGAAGUGUCAAAUCCAAAGUGCAAAUACUGUGAAGUGAUGAAGAAGUGCAAUGUAGUUUUAAAGAUGUCUGAGUGUACAAACACUUGAGUUCUUCACAAGUUUUUCCUUUUCCCUCCCCUAAAUCCAAGGCAGCUUUUAAUUUUAUAGCUAACAAAACCAGAGUGUAGCUUAAGGACAAAAGUUGUAACAUCUUUGAGGACUUUUCUGGUACCCUAAUAGCUUAUACCAAUAGCUGAUAUCCUAAUAGCUGGUUUUACUUUAUAUGAACAUCCACUUUAUGAAACACCUGUUUUGCAGCCUUAGUAUUUUCAUUUUAGAUCCUUCCUUCCUGUUGGUGUUUGACUUUGAAAAGUAACACCUUUCCAUUAAAAUCUAGCACAAGGGCAACUCUACUGUUCUUUGUGAUUAGAAUGAGAUCUUGAAAAGCCAGGCUGGGUGGGGUUUUGACCAACAUGAUCUAGUGAGUGGCAGGGGGGUUGGAACUAGAUGUCUUUCAGGUCCCUUCCUAACCAGGCUGUCCCGUGAUUUUAGAGUUAAAAUAUAUAUUGCCCUACUGCUGUGUUUAAGGUUAGACAGACACCCCCCCCCCAAGAAGGUCCCACUGACUGGAGAACCAUAUUCUUGAUCCUCUGUGUUGCACCUUCUCAAUUGAGAUCAUAGUCCUUCAUCCAAGGCUGGGGGUGGAAAAAAAGAAAAGACAAAAGGUAGAUUUUGUACUUUAUUAACACAGUUAUUUUAAUCUGGAGCUUAGCAAUGACACUUCUCUUUCAUGAAUGAAUGUCCAGUAGACCCAAGUUAAGUUUUUCUCUCAUGUACAUUCUGCUCUAACUUCAUUUUCCAACAAACCAUGAAGAUGGGAUUGGCUUUUCUUGAUAGGGAAAACAGUAAGAUAAAAAUGUGCAUCAUUGUUCUAAUACAAGGACCAAGAUAAUCCUUUGUCUUCAAACACUUGAGUGAGUGUAGGGGGAUAGAAAGAACAGUUUAGAGGAAAAGAAAGAUGAAAACAAGAUGCAAAUUGAUGAGGCUUAUUUUUCUUCUAAAGGGAAAAAUAAAGCGUAUUAAAAAAAAAAAAACACAACAGAAGAAAAAAGGCAAAUUCAGAUCUCUUCACAGCAAGGAUGGAAAAGUAUACGGACAUUCGCUACAAGUUUUGCCCAUGUUAGAUUGAAAUACUGUUUCUGUUAUUUAAUAUAUUGUAACCAAACAUGAAUUCAGUGGAAACAGGAAAUGACAUUGUUUUCCAGACCAGAGUUACACAGGUGGCCAUUAAAUAAAAGACUUAUCCAAAUCCAUGGGGUAAAAAACCUAAAAAGCAGCACCCUAGAAGCAUUGCUACCAUGUCACUCUUUGCUGAUGGCAGUUUCAAAGACAGGUCCAAAAUCAUUUUAGUUAACUCUGCUCCCAGGCACGUAUUCUUAUAUACCCAGUUUCUCAGCUAGCAAGAGAUGCUAAAAGCAAAGUCAAAAUGUCCUUUUACCAGCAUUUUAUCUUGGCAUUUUCAAAUGAGGCUUAGUAUAUUAUGGAAUGUAAUUAUUUUAGGUUUCUCCACCUUAAACUUCUAAAAUACAUUCUUUAAGAAUGAAAUUUUGGGUUGGAUUGUGGAUGAAGGUUAACCUUGCUGGGGUAGUGGUGGAAUCACUGUAAAGAACCAUUUGUGAGUCUCAGAUACAGAUUCAGCACCAGCUUUCAGCUUCUUGAAAAGAUCAUGAUGUGCACUGGCAGCUGGUUCUCUUAAAACCAAAAACAAGCAUGCUGGGUUUUUUUCAAGCCAUUUCACACAAAUACCACAACUUCAGGUCUCAAAUGCCCAGUAACAAGGUUUAAUAACUGGGCACUUCUUUUAACUGAAUGAUUGUAGGCACUUCUAUGGAAAUAUGUCUGAAGUGUAGUUUGUGAAAUAUGUUUAAAAUGUGUUUGAUGUCAAAUAAGCGCUAGACAUUUAACAGUGCAAAAAUAGUCAAAAUCCGUAGAUUACGAAACUGUUCCUAAGAUCCUCAGCCUGUAUAAUUGUCUUAGUAAAGUUGAUCUAUUAAGUUAAAUUGCAUUCUGGUGUAAUAAUCUUUUACAAAUAAAACUAUGAAUACAAAUGUGCUCGUUGAUACCUGUUAACAUAAAACAUGUCAGUUGCAUUGUUUUGAUUUGUUUCAAUUUCUAAUAUAAAAUUUGUAAAAAACACAAACAGAAAAACACACCUUUUAUAUGUUUAAAGUGUUUUAACAGACUAUAUUAACAUUCACACUGUCUAGUCCAACCCUCUCUUUUAGCAAGUUCAUCUCUCUCUGUAUACAUACAUAUAUAUAUAUUUCCCCACAAGAAUAUAAAAUUGCUUUUGAAAUUUUUGUUGGCAACUGGUAAAUAGUACACUAUGGCAUAAACUCAGAAGCACUUAAGUUGACGGUCUUUCAGACAGGUAAUCCAUUCAAAUGGGACUAGUAAAAAUGUGUAAUUGCAGUAAUUUGUACAUUACUUCUAACAUUACUAAUUUCUGAGAAAAAUAAUUGUUAUGUACUUAACAUUUUCCAUUACAGAUGAUCUUGCAUACUAAAAUUAUGGAGGUCUCAACAGUUAAACAAGAUAUUUAAUUGGACUGCUGCUUUUAAACUGUUUGAAGAAACAAAGGGAAAGAAAUUUCAUCUUAAAAUCUGUAUAUGGAAAUAAUUUUAAGCUUCAUGAACUACGCAUUUCCUUAAUUUCCUUUUUUUAAACAAGUUGUAACAUCAAAGAUGCCAAAGGGUAAUAUAAGCUACAAUAAUAUUCAACAGAACCUAACCUAGAUCUUAUGUUGUAAUAAUUUAUUCAAAUUAACUGUAUUCUUCUGUAUUUAUAUUUUCGGUAUUUAUUAUGAAUGAGAUGAAAUUUGAUGUAUUUAUUGUGGCUUAUUACUGCAGUGUAUAUAUUACAAAAAUAAGCAUUUUUAAGUCUUAACAUUAGUUUUUUUGUUAAUUAGUGGCACUUGUAUCAGCUGUAUUUUUAUUAUAUAUUGUACAAUAUAUAUUGUCCAUUUGUUUGCAAUGAAGUAAACCAGGUUUCUAUGUUACAUCCUG